AUGACUCAUUGCAGCUUCUCCUGUCUCACCAAGGGGGAGAGCAUCAUGGCGGUGUACAGCACACAAGCACUACGUCAUCCCACGUGCUGGACUCACGCCCCAUGUGCACCCCGGGCUCAACCUCCCUCCCCACCCUCUCCAUCCCGCUUGUACGUGCCCUUUCAGUCUCGACAUGACUCUUCACAGCUUCUCCUUCUGGAGAUGACCCUGCGGUCGUUUUCCUGCCUGACCGCGGGCGAGAGCAUAAUGGUGGCGUACAACAACAAGCGCUACUUCAUCGACGUGGUGGACGCGCGCCCAGGCGCCGCCAUCUCCAUCAUCGAGACCAACUGCGAGGUCGACUUCGCCCCGCCCCUCGACUACGUCGAGCCCGCGAGGGCCCCUGCCGCGCCCAGUCAAGGCGCGGCAGCCGCGCCUGGCGGUGGUGCUGGUGGCAGUGAGGGUGGCGGGAAGAAGAGCGCCGCGAAAGAUGGGAAAGCAGGUGUCCCGCCUUCACCCCACACCCUCCCCCCAUCCUUUUCCCCACCUCCCCUUCCACACUUCUGCCCUCUCCCACACUCCCCCGCUUGUUUCUCUUAUCUCACACCAACGAGACACACCUCUCACACCCAAGGAGCUGCCCUUCACAACUCCCCCCCCUCCCCCCCCCCCCCUUCUCCUCCCCCACCCCACACCCUCCAACCCUCCCUUACUUCCGUUCUCUCCCUCACCCCCGCUUUUUUCUCUGAUCUCAAUCAGAUGCAGCCCCCCCACCCGAGGAGCCCGCCUUCAUGCCUUUCGUUCCCCCCACCCUUCUUUCUUUUGCCCCUCUCCACACUCCCGCAUCUGCUUUCUCACCUCACACCAACCACACGCAGCGACCCCACACCAGGAGUGCAACUUCACACCAUUCAUGUCUCCCCCUCCCUUCCUGCUUUUGCCCCUCUCCCACACUCCCCUGCUUACGCAGCCCCCCCACCCGAGGAGCCCACGUUCACGCCAUUCGUCGGCAUUGGCAGACGAUUGGACGGCCGCCCAGCAGCCUCCCCCUCCUCCCCUGCCACGUCAGCAGCUGCCACGUCAGCAGCAUCUAGAGAGGGCGUAUCUGGGGCAGGCGGGGCUGGUGGGGCUCGUGGUAGUGCUGGUGGCACUGGUAGUAGUAGUGCUGCUGGUGCUGCUGCUGCGAGUGGCGGAAGGAAGGAGGGGCGGCUAGUGUUUGGAUCGGGAGACGGAGCACCGCGAGCGGGUCCCAGGGUACGUGGUUGA